UAACAUCGUGUCUCUAUGUUUUUUGGAGAAAAUAUUCGCAUUUUCAUCGAUUUGAAAAUUUGGAGAGAUUUACUAAUCAUCGUGUAACCAGUGGGAGAUAAAGGGAUGGAGGGGGAUUAAAUAAGGCAACAGCUUGGCAGAAAUUCACCGAAUGUUCGGCUGAUGGAUAUAUAAAGGGAUCCUGUGCCCCAUCUUGCAAGUCAGUGUAGCGAGGACCUCUUGCGGAAGAAUUACAAUUCUUUUUUCAGAUUUUGUAGAUAAAGAAUCAAGAUGAACAAGCUGAUUAUCGUAUUCUGUGCCCUCGCUUCCAUGACAACCGCCGCCUCUUUAGCCGGAUACACCAUCCCCAUUCCCAUUUUGAGACAGAGCUUGGACGGUCCAAAUCCAGAUGGAAGUUACAGUUACAGCUACGAGACGGCGAAUGGCAUCCAGGCGCAGGAAAUCGGAUACGUUAACUAUGUGGGCACCCAGACGGAGGCACGUGCGGUCCAACAGGCCCAGGGUAGUUACACUUUCACCGCGCCGAACGGUGAAGUUGUCCAAGUGAACUACGUGGCUAACGAGAACGGAUUCCAACCCCAGGGUAGUCACAUCCCCCAAACACCACCGGCCAUCCUCAAGGCGCUCGAGUACAACGCAGCUCACCCCGAGCAGAAUAACUACGGCGCGCAAUGAAACGACGGGAUGAACGAAAGAAAAGGAUCGGUCUCGAACCUCCUCGAUGAUUACUACAAUAUUUGAGCCAAAGUUUGGGAAAGAAGGGAAAUCGAACGUUCUCCUUUUUUGUUCGAAAGGAUUUGCUCGAUUGUGUCCUUCUGAAAAGAAGAAGUGGAGAGAGGAGAUUUGAAACUAGAUCCUCAUGUUAUUUUUUUUUUUAACCUAUGAGUUAUUAGAUUUCUUAUUUUUUUACACGGAGAAAUUGUGAAACAACGCACAGAAUUAUUGUAAAUAAAUUGUAUAUUCGAAUUUUUAA